UGCCAGAGCCUUUUGGAGGCGCGAUCAUCAUUGGGCAGGAGUCUAUCACCUACCACAACGGGGAUAAAUACCUCGCCAUAGCUCCACCUAUCAUCAAGCAAAGUACAAUCGUGUGCCACAACCGCGUGGAUCCCAACGGGUCCCGUUACUUGCUGGGGGACAUGGAAGGACGUCUCUUCAUGCUGCUCCUGGAGAAGGAGGAACAGAUGGAUGGCACUGUCACCUUGAAGGACCUGCGUGUGGAACUGCUCGGCGAGACAUCCAUUGCAGAGUGCUUGACCUACCUGGACAAUGGAGUCGUGUUUGUUGGCUCUCGCCUUGGAGAUUCCCAGCUUGUGAAGCUCAACGUGGACAGCAACGAGCAAGGCUCCUAUGUAGUAGCUAUGGAGACCUUCACCAACCUCGGUCCCAUCGUUGACAUGUGUGUGGUGGACCUGGAAAGACAAGGCCAAGGGCAGCUGGUCACGUGCUCAGGUGCAUUUAAAGAGGGUUCCCUGCGGAUCAUCCGGAACGGCAUCGGGAUUCACGAACACGCCAGCAUUGACUUACCGGGGAUUAAAGGUUUGUGGCCCCUGAGGUCGGACUGUCAUCGUGAAACAGACAAUACCUUGGUGUUGUCCUUUGUUGGCCAGACCAGGGUUCUUAUGUUAAAUGGAGAGGAAGUAGAAGAAACAGAGCUCACAGGGUUUGUGGAUGAUCAGCAGACUUUCUUCUGCGGCAAUGUGGCCCAUCAGCAAUUGAUCCAGAUCACCUCUGCCUCUGUGAGACUGGUUAGUCAAGAGCCCAAAGCCCUGGUGAGUGAAUGGAAAGAACCCAAUGGAAAGAACAUCAGCGUGGCUUCCUGCAACAGUAACCAGGUGGUGGUGGCUGUGGGACGAGCCCUGUACUACCUGGAGAUCCGACCCCAGGAGCUCAGGCAGAUCAGCUGCACAGAAAUGGAGCAUGAAGUUGCUUGCCUGGACAUCACCCCUUUGGGGGACACUAACGGCAUGUCCCCUCUGUGUGCAAUCGGGCUCUGGACUGACAUCUCUGCCCGCAUCCUCAAGCUGCCUUCGUUUGAACUGCUGCACAAGGAGAUGCUGGGAGGAGAAAUUAUCCCUCGCUUUUUUUUUUCCUCUUCCAUCUUGCUGACAACUUUGGAAAGCAGCCACUACCUGCUGUGUGCCCUGGGGGAUGGAGCUCUCUUCUACUUUGGGCUCAGCCUCGAGACAGGCUUGCUGAGUGACCGCAAGAAGGUGACCCUGGGGACCCAGCCCACUGUCCUGAGGACUUUCCGCUCUCUCUCCACCACCAAUGUCUUUGCCUGCUCUGACCGCCCCACCGUCAUCUACAGCAGUAACCACAAGCUGGUCUUCUCCAAUGUCAACCUGAAGGAGGUGAACUACAUGUGUCCCCUCAAUUCGGAUGGGUAUCCUGACAGCUUGGCUUUGGCCAAUAACAGCACCCUGACAAUUGGCACCAUCGAUGAGAUCCAGAAGCUGCACAUCCGCACGGUUCCCCUCUAUGAAUCACCCAGGAAGAUCUGCUACCAAGAGGUAUCUCAGUGCUUCGGCGUGCUCUCAAGUCGUAUCGAGGUGCAGGAUGCCAGUGGGGGCACGACUGCGCUCAGACCCAGCGCCAGCACCCAGGCCUUGUCCAGCAGCGUGAGCACCAGCAAGCUGUUCUCCAGCAGCACAGCACCACAUGAGACAUCCUUUGGAGAGGAGGUGGAGGUGCACAACCUGCUCAUCAUAGAUCAGCACACCUUCGAAGUGCUUCAUGCUCACCAGUUCCUGCAAAACGAAUACGCCCUCAGCCUGGUCUCCUGCAAGCUUGGCAAGGAUCCAAACACCUACUUCAUCGUGGGCACUGCCAUGGUGUAUCCCGAGGAGGCAGAGCCCAAACAGGGCCGCAUCGUUGUCUUCCACUACUCAGAUGGGAAGCUGCAGAGCCUGGCUGAGAAGGAGGUCAAGGGAGCCGUGUACUCCAUGGUGGAGUUCAACGGGAAGCUGUUAGCCAGCAUCAACAGCACGGUGCGCCUCUACGAGUGGACAGCAGAGAAGGAGCUGCGCACGGAGUGCAACCAUUACAACAACAUCAUGGCUCUCUACCUGAAGACCAAGGGAGACUUCAUCCUUGUGGGAGAUCUGAUGCGAUCUGUCCUCCUCCUUGCAUACAAACCCAUGGAAGGAAACUUUGAGGAGAUUGCCCGGGACUUCAAUCCAAACUGGAUGAGUGCUGUGGAAAUCCUGGACGACGACAACUUCUUAGGAGCAGAGAACGCUUUCAAUUUGUUUGUGUGCCAGAAGGACAGCGCGGCCACAACCGAUGAGGAACGCCAGCACUUGCAGGAGGUGGGGUUGUCCCACCUGGGAGAGUUUGUCAAUGUUUUCUGUCACGGAUCUCUGGUCAUGCAGAACCUGGGUGAGACGUCCACACCAACUCAGGGCUCGGUUCUCUUCGGCACAGUCAACGGCAUGAUUGGCCUGGUGACCUCGCUGUCGGAGAGCUGGUACAACCUCCUCCUGGACAUGCAGAACAGGCUCAAUAAAGUCAUCAAGAGCGUGGGCAAGAUCGAGCACUCCUUCUGGAGAUCGUUUCACACCGAGCGCAAGACAGAACCGGCCACAGGAUUCAUCGAUGGUGACCUGAUCGAAAGUUUCCUGGACAUCAGCAGGCCCAAGAUGCAAGAGGUGGUGGCAAACUUGCAGAUCGACGAUGGCAGCGGUAUGAAGAGGGAGGCCACCGUGGACGACCUGAUAAAGAUCGUGGAGGAGCUGACCCGGAUCCAUUAACAGGAUUCGGGGUCAUUCCCUAGCACCUUCCUCCACGCAGAGCAAGGGAAUCUCUUCCCC